AUGGCUGCAGAGAAACAGUUAUGAGGAUCGACGGCUUUGCCAGGUCUCUGGGAAGAAUGAGCCUCUCUGUAGUGUGAAGGCGCUCCCUCCACAUAGCUGGGGAUCCAGGGGGAGUGUGGAGUGGGGGGGGGGGCAGGACCACAACCCGGGCACCACCAGGGAAGAGGAGGAGCGAAGGAGCAGCUGAGGAGGAAGCGAAUCAUCCUGUUGUUGGUAACAAGUGAGUCCAGACCUUCAGAUGAAGAGCCUUCAGUUCCGGAGCAUCGCUCCUAAGGCCCCGGCCAUGGUGCCCUCCCCCUCUCCUGCGGUCCUGUCCUGCCAGCCUCCCUCUGCCCUCCCUGAAGCUACCACCCCAAAGUCCAUCAUUGUGCCCACCCAAAACUAUGCACUGAUGCAAAUAGCAGGUCAAGAUGGCACAUUCUCCCUGGUGGCACUGCCCCCUUCUGUUUCCUCUCAAACACCACAGCAACAAACCCAGUCAAUUCAAAAGAACCUCAAACUGCCCAUUCCCAGAUACCAGCCAAUGAGGAGCAAGGCGAUCACAGAUAAGGUAAAAUCACCACCACCAGCUGCCAGGAUGAAAACGGCCUCAAAGGCUGUUACAUCGCAGACCAAGUUGGUGGUGAGUGGGGUAUCACCAGCUAUGAUGAAAAAACUGGAGUCUAAGCACACAACAGAAACCCUAGUACCCAAAGAAGAACCUUCAGAGCAGGUAAUUCUAAUUGACCCAAGCUCCUCUGACAUUUCCGUCACAUCACUGCUCCCAGACAAUGCUGUCCUAUAUCCCAGCUCUCAAUUGGAGCGAGUGCCAGAUGGCUCUGAAAGACCUGCUACAACUGGCCUUAUUCAGAACCUUCAGUUUACCCCUGCUGUUGUCAAUAGCUCCACAGGCAAAUCCACAGAGGAAAGUAAGACUACAGUGAGGCUGUGCCAAUCUAAGCCCACUGCAGCCCAGCCCCAGAGCAGCAUCACUGUCCUGUCUCCAGCCAUCUUCAGCAAAGCAGUCCAGAUUAUCCCAUCCCCACCUAAAGGUAAACUGCCCAUUUUGCCCUACUCUAAAAUGAAGAGCACCCUCAUCCCAGCUGCUAAGCUCACCAAUGUGUCCCCAGAGAAGAAGGGUUUCUCUUGCCAGACAGGACAAACCAGCUCCAUAGAUUCUACAUCCAAGCCCCUCAAGCCAGUUGAAGCCUUGAGUCAAAGCCCAGUGUCAAACUCUGCUCUACAGAUUGAGGCCAAGACCACAAUUAUGCCUGUGUUGGGGAUAUUCCAGAAAACACCAGGCAAGAAGCGAGGGAGGAAGAGAAAGACAAUGGAAGACAUCUUAGCAUUUGAGGCCAGAAAGAAGAGGUCCUUGUCGUUUUUUCGUAGAAGGGUCCCCGAGAAACCACCAGCGGUUGUUCCAGGCUCAAAGCAAAAAGAAGUUGAUAUUUCAAAGAAGUAUCGGAGCAUCCGACCCAAGCCCAUGUUGGUUAUGGAAACAGUUCCCCAACUGGUUAAUUUGCCUGCCAUUACCUCAGAUGGCCAGGAACAGGAGCUGGUACUUGGUCACCAGUACCCCACUACUACCACAUCCAAGGCCCUUGACUGUCCUCCCCAAUCAGCCACAGUCGCCUUCCAUCUAAGAGCUGCUUCCCAUCCCAGAGUGUUCAUAGGCAGCCGUCCACUCCACCGUUGUCCCACCUGCAGCCGCUGUUUCCAGUUCAAGCACCACCUCCAAAAUCACAUGAACAGUCACACCAACAGUCGGCCGUACGUCUGUCCAGUAUGUCGCAAAGCCUAUGCGCACUCUGGCAGCCUGAGCACCCAUAUGAAGCUCCAUCACUCGGAGGUACGCCCACGUCGGUCUCUUUGCUGUGAAUUCUGUGAAAAGGCCUUUGGAUACGUGGGGGUGUACUUCAGUCAUCUGAGAGAGGUCCACAAGGUGGUGCUGACUGUGGAACCAUCCAUCAGCCAUCAUGAAGAUGAUGCAUCUGCUGAGGGGGCCAACUCCCCAUAUCCAUCAGAUGAGCAGGACCGAGAAGACCCUGUUGAGUUGCAGAUCAAAUGUGGUCGCUGUCAGGUGAUCACUCCUUCCUUUGCCGACAUGAAGAUGCACUUACUUUAUGUGCACAGAGAGGAGGUCCAGGUUCGACUUCAUGAUGGCCAACCCCAGCGAGGUUGCCGCGAGGCUGAGAACGAACUGGUAAAUCACGCUGCCCACUAUUGGCGGCAACUCAACGAGAAACGCAACCUGGUGAAGUGCGGCAACUGUGAUGAGGAGUUCUUCUCCUUCUCCAAGCUUAAGAGGCACAUCAUGUCCCACCACUGUGGAAGAGAGGGUGAGGAUAAUGGGACCAUCUCAUCACCAGAUUGCGGUGGAGGACUUGGUGUCCUCGCAGCAGGUGCAGCCUUUAACUGUGUGCUGUGCAGCGAGGUGUUGGACACUAAAGAGGGGGUUAUGGAGCACUGGAGGAGUUGCCACCACUGUGAGCAACCUAGCCUGCUUUGGGAUGCUCUGAGCUCCUACUCUGGCCUGGAAGAGUGUGAGGCAGAUGGGGAUUUAGACACUCCUGCUCCAAGCCCACACUAACCAGCCUAGCCCUUGGAUUGGCUCUGAGCUCUUCACUGUGGCUCCUCCUUAUACACACUCAGUCCUAACAAUCAAGAGCACAGGGAUGGAGAGUGUCUCCAAUGUUUUUUAGCACUAGUUUCAUCUUUCACCAGCUGAAGCAUCUGGUUAAAUCCAAAUGAAAGAAAGGAAAGGAAAUCAAGCCAGUGGUGAAAAAUGAUGUUUGUGUUACAUUUCAUAAGAGAUAUUCUCUCCAAGUCAGAGAAUCCAAUUUUAUAAACAAUAUUAUAUUUCCUGUUUUUUAUUGCACUGUUCUGUUUGGAGGUGUGUAUUUAAUAUCCUGUUGAAAUUAGAUGAUUAUUUUUUUCUACUGCUUAUUUAAAGGUUAUUAAAAGGGUACAUUUAUAACCUAGAUCACAUAGUAAAACUGUUAAAGUCAUUUUACCAAAAUACUUCUUGUGGUAUCUAGCCAUGCAUAGAAUUUGGUCACUCAGUUUUUGAGAUAUGUGCUAAGAUUUCUGCCUCAAAUCUAUUAGAGAAACAAAACAUCAAAAGUUCAACAGCAACAUUGGUGAUAGCAUUUUAUAUAUUUGUUAGGUGGUGAUAGAAGAGAGGUGACUAGAAAUGACAGACAGAAAUGCACCCCAAGGUUCUUGGCCUCAUUUAAACCACAGAUUUUACAAUUCAUGACCCUAAGCCAGAUAUUUUCUUGGAAGACUUAAGUUCAGUUGUUUUAAAUGCUGUGACUUCCACAAACUGUAACGACCUCCACUAUGUUGGGAGUGGAGGCAGAAAUCUCAGAGAUUACACCUUUGUCAUUAACUGAAACUACCACACUGAUCUGCAAGGCUGAAUACCAUUACGGGAAAUUUUGACAAUAUAUCUUAUUUGGAUGGAUUAAUCCUUUAAAAUACUGAGAAAUAUAAAUCUCAUAACAAGGGCAAACUGUCUUCUGUCACUCUGACAGACAAUUUAUCUAUUGGCCUUGGGUUAUUACAGGUGAAAAUAAAUCAGUAUCUGUACGAUCCUUUUGUGUAAUACUCCUCCUGCAACAGAAAUCAACAUUUUCAGUCUAACUAAUGGCAGUAUAAGGGUCCUCUGUCAACUUGGACCCAUGAAGGAAUGCUUUCCUAACCAGCACCCAAGUGACAUCCUUGUGGCCUUCUGAAAAAAAAUGUGUUCAUGCGUGUUGUGGCUUAUCAUCAGUAUGGUCCUCUGUAGGCCAAGUUCUAUCUCCUUGACUUGUUGAUUAAUGCCUAUAUGAGUGUAUUCUAUAAUAUGCCAAGGUUCUAUUCACACUAGUGAUUGUAGAAGUGAGUUUUGCAUUUAAGCUUGUUAACCACUGACGGAAUACUGUUUUUUGAUUUAGUAAAAACACAAAGGAAACCAUCGUAUUGCCUACCUGUCGUUGCCAGCUCAUGUACGCACCUGUGGAAUUUUGUGCACCUAGACUCUAUUAUUAGAGUUUAAAAAAACUGUUGUCAAGUCCAGAAAAAUAUGCUAUUUUAUACUCUAGAUUAAUAAAUAUCUUUUAGAAUAUUUAUGCUUGUCGUUGGUCCUUAAAAAACCAACACUGAGGCAUUUGUUAUGUUGGCUUUUUCUAAUUUGAGGAUGCUUAACGUCUUGUUUUUUGGUUGAGAGGUCAUUACUAUAUGGCAAGUAGCUCUAUUAACAUUUGUCUGUUUCUUUCAUAUAAAGAAAAAAAUAUCACAGGGUCAAGUGAAUGUACCUGAAUGUUUUAAACCCUACCAAAAGUAUAUGCUAUAUAGACGUAUUCUAUAGAUAGAAUGUAUAGAUAUAUUGAGAAAAAAACAUAUAUAUAUAUAUAUAUAUAUAUAUAUAUUUACAUAAAGUAACUAGUGAAUCAGCUGCUUUGUUCUGUCACAGUGGAGGAGAGAAACAAAAGAUGAAUAUAUAUAUAUUUGCCAAAACUGGCAACAAAAGCCAUGCAGAGCUGUCCUUAUGUGUCUGACACAAUGUGUAGGACUGUGAAAUGAAGGGCAAAGCACUGAUGUGUACAUGUCGCACUGAUCGGGUAAACUACAGUUUACUGUAACGCUGUUCAUUGACUACCAUGUUUGAGUGUUCAUCAGUGAACUGUCCUUUGUUUUCAUGACCUCAACACAAACCAGGAAGUGACAGAAUUAAGGCUCAGACUCUUCUUUCCUCAGUUAACACACAUGACUGUCAGCACAAGUCUGAAAGUGAAAAAUCUCACAUUAGGUGAUAUAAUGUUUUUGCCUCACUGAAUAUGUUGACUGUGUCAAAAAAGAAAGAAAAAAAGACUGAAAGUGUUUGUGCUUGUGACUGUUUGUGUACCUGAAGAACCUGAUGUUUAUCAGAAUAAAAAUAUGCUUUGUUGA